AUGUCGGCCUCCAAGCUGGAGAAGAACAUUGCAAACCUUGAACGGCGACUACGCCAGGAGUUCAAGGCAGAGCUUGCGCAGGCCUUGACCGUCCAAUCGAUUCGGCUCGAUGCCUUCGAGGCACAGCUCCAGCGCUUGCAGCCGAGCGCCGCCUUGUUGCAGGUGCAUGCGGCGGGCAUCAACUUCCAUGCGAAUCAGCAGGAUGUCAACCAGGACGAAGUUUCGAACAAAAGCCUUGUACGAGGUGAGCCCGUGCAAGGCGAUCUUUUCCCUGUCGUGCCUUUGGAAGAUGCAGUGGAACAAGAGGUCGCCGUCGCGGAUGCCGAGUCGGAUCCAAUGGAGCCAGUGGCAUUCUUGGAGACCUCCUGGAAUCUUGUGCUGGUGCUCGGCUACACCGGUGCAGGUUGGUGUGACGUGGUGAUUGCUUGUCUGCUCUUCCUGGCCAGCAUGGCCACGCAAGCCUUUUUCAGUUGGAUCUUGCUGAGUCCGGAAUUCCAGGGUGAUCCCUUCAGCCUGCAGAUCGAUAUUGCCACGGCCUGGAGGAGAAGCGUGGCACACGAUGCAAUGCAUGUGGACCUUGCACGGACGAGUCUCAUCAGCCGGGUCUGCAACGACGAUGGUGCUCUCAUCAUUUCCACGGAUCAGGCCUCGCUGAUACGGCAGAUCAAUUCGUUCCUGGGAUAUCAGAAGUCUACGGAUUUUGACCAAGAGGAUGCCUCUCGAACGGGUGUGUUGCUGGCCAUGCUCUGCAUCCUCCUCUGGUGCCUGUACGUAUCCAAGGAAUUCCGCACCAUAUGGCUUUCACUGGAAGCAGUGGCCCAGCUACCACUCAAGCGCAGGACUGACUUGCGCGACGGGCGCUUCAGGGCUAUGUCAUGGCCACGUUUUUGUGCCUACUUCUUCCUGCGCUUGGGUCGGGCAACCAUCAGCGGAGCCAUGCUGUACGCAGGCAUAUUGUGGCUAGGGGCAACGACAUCAAUCAGCGACCUCAUAGUAAAUGCGGUUGCUUUGGGUGCAGUGCUGAGCGUCGAUGAGAUGGUCUUUGCCGCGCUGAUGCCCAAGAAGCUCCAGAUCAAGAUCCAAGACCUUGAGGCCAUCAAGAUCAGGUACAGCCGCUGCCGCAGCCAGGUGGAGGCGGUCUGCAUCAUGCUGGCCUUGGGAGGCAUCCUGGCAUGGGCAUAUGUCCACAUCGUCAAUCCACUCGCGCAGGACAUGGAAACAGUCAAGCGAGCCUACUGCUUUGGGAACCAGGACUUCGUGGUAGGAAUGAAUGAAGACAUCCAGCUCGUCUUUGGCAUGCAGACGAUUCCGCACGCCAAUGUUUCUGGCAGAACGUUGAGUCAGCUGGCGGUAGAGAAGUACCUUUCCAAAGAGCCGUCGAUGACGGCAGACUACAUCAGUUUUCAGAGUGACGUUCAGCGCUUCGACAGUAUGGUGUAUCAGACCAUGGAAGAAUCAGCCACAGAAUUUGCCUACUGCAAGGAUCUGGACGCGCUGUACAUUCAGGGCCAAACAGACCAAGAAAUUACGAACGAGUUCGUGGACCUGUACAGGCCCUAUUUUUGGUCUGCUGCCGCGGUUCUCAACGAGCCGCGCAACAGCACCUGCCUGGACAUGGCCAGUCAUUGCAACGAUGCCGAGGCGCGUAUGCUCCGGCAGGUUUGUGGUGUCACUUGUGGAUGCGCGGAUCCACGAAGUUACCCGGUUUACAAGGUGCUGCACAAGGGCUGCAGCAGGAACUGCUUGUCAAAUGCGGCCAGCCCAGAGCAGCCAGUGUGCGAGGACAUCGAGAAUGGAGCAAUGUGGAAGCAAUUUUGGGAUGGUUAUCCUACAGUGCUCGGCAGCGAGAUGGGUGUGACGCUAGACUACAACUCGACCUUGGGUCAGUGGGUUCUGCAAAUGAUCGGAGCCAUGCAGGAGUUUGGAUGUGCCGCGUUGGCUCUCCAUCCGGAACUGGCCAAGGAAGCAGUGACACAGCAGCGCUGGUGCGAUGGCAUCGCGGUCGACAUUUGGAGCGUGCCUCCUCGCAGGAAUGCGUUUGACAAUGGCGAUCUGCUUCUUUGCUUUGUGCAUCUGGCUACUCUACGCCGCUACGUCGUUACGCGAUGCUGCUGCGCCGCCUCGCAGGAGCUUCCCACUGGGCCUCACCGCUCCUUCCGGGACGCUCUCGAGGCCAGGGGCUAUGAGGGCGCGCUCUUCCUCGGCCCCGGCCAGGAGAAGGUUGGAGUUGGCCUUUUCUGGCAGCGCGAGCGUGCAUCCAUGGUGGACAACUUUCCAAAGGACCACGUCGUGCCAUGUGGUAUGGAGACAGGCUCUUAUGCCAACGUCGACCUGAAAGAAGCGGGGCUCAGGGACAUGGACAGGCGACUGGCUGGCUUUGUCAAGCUGACUGUAGAUGAGCUGCCCACUCUUUUGUGUGGCAUUCACCUGAUGACAGGUUCACGCGACAAAGAGGGCUCGAUUCGUCGUCAGGAGCUAGUGACGAUUGCAGAUCUCAUGAAAGUGUGGGCAGAUCCCGGCACAGGAGUCAUUCUCUGCGGGGAUUUCAAUGUGAACUCCCGUGCAUUUUUGGAGGAACACAUCUGGGAAGGAACUGGGUAUGUGCGAGAUUCCGACAUCAAGGCAAACCGUUUUCGCUGGCAGAGAAGUGGUGCUGCACCACUCAUACUCCGCGACGCUUUCGAUUCCUGCUAUGGGGAUGAGGCCUGCUCGUCGACUCGAACAGGCACGCGCCUGGAAACCAUCGAUUACAUAUUUUUCGACGAGGAGGCUUACACUCUCUUGGACAGCUCGAAGUUGCGGUGUCCGGAGCAGCCAAUGCCGAAUGCAGAGGAACCCUCUGACCAUAUUCCUGUUUGCGCCACUUUCCAACGAAUCGGCAAGUGA